CUUCCCUUACCGACCGUUGCGCCUCUCUCUCUCUCUCUCUCUCUCUCUCUCUCUCUCUCUCUCCAACUAUGCAGAAGAGCCAGGGAGCCAAGUCGACGGCGCGGCGGCGCCCGCUCCGCGUCCUCUCUAGCAACAAGGCGCGACGCGCGUCGGAAUCCCUCCGCUGCAAGCCCCCUCCUCCUGCCGCCGCGGCCGACGCGGCGCUUGACCGCCUCCUCCUCGCCCGCUCCGACCUCGCCAGCAUCGUCUCCCAGAUUGACGAAUUGAUAUCUGAUGCCCUUCAAUGCCAAACUAUGCCCAAAAGAGGGAAACAAGAGAUAGAAUCCUUCAGCGGCUUCUUAUCAGACACUAAUUCUUCCUUGAAGCAAUGGUCUUCAAGACUGAAGCAGGCAUUAGAAAAUUGUCCAGUGAAAGUCGAAAAUGUCUCAAAACAUACUCUGGGAACCUGUUCAAAUUCUGCUGCAAAAGGGUAUGAAAAGUUGAUCUGCAGCAGCAGCAACUUACUCGAUCCAGUAGCAACGCCUUCAUGCAACUUGUUGAACUGCAGUAGCAGCAACUUACCUGAGGCCGACAUGAUUGUCUCACCUUCACCACUUGUCUCAUGGCGUACUGGGGCUUGUAUGGUCGAGAGUGGAAAGCAGUUAUUUCUCUUGACACCAUUGCCAAAAACCAAAGCAUGCUCAUUAAGGUGUCCAACAUCAAAAACUCAAGUGAAGACAACUUCCAGCAUGGAUCAGCGGAAUCUUCCCAGUUUACCUGUUUGGAAAUUAACCAUUUCUGAUGAUGAUCAUCCUGAUCUGGAGCAAGGUGUGAAAGUAAAUGAAGCAAGGACUGGCACCGUAACACCUCAUGUUACUACAGCAAACAAGGGCUCUUUAGUAGACAGGCUCCGUUCCCCUUGCACUUUCUCAAUUCAGAAGAGCACGAGAGCACUGCCCGAUUCAUGCCUUAAUACAUCAUUAUCAAGUAAACAGCAGCUGUUCUCUCCAAUACUGGAGGGCUCAAGGAAGGAAGACGCUGUAAGUGAUGGACCAACCCAGGGUGACAAACGUUCUGAAACCUGUGAGGACCUAUCAUCAUCUGAUGAAGUCUCAAAGGAUCUGGCAUCAAGGUAUGACCUAUAUGGGUUCAACCGAUCUACCAAAAACACCCACCGUAGGAGAGAAGCCGAUGAUACUCUUCAGUGGUUCCUGUCACCCCUCAAGACCUGUGUGCUAUUGGAUCCGUCGGAUGAUAAGCCAAUUCCAACUCCAGCAGGCAAUAACAAGAAGGGAAAACAGGAUGUUUCUGAUGAUGACAAGACCAUCCAAACUCCUGCAGCGCAUAGCAAGGCUCUGCUUGGUACUCCCUGGAAAGGCUUGGAAAGCACUAACCUGAAGGGAAGGCGGGCUGGAGAAACUACUCUCAAGAAGGAACUAGGUACUCCCUGGAAUGGCUUGGAAAGCACAAACCUGAAGGGAGGGCAGGCUGGAGAAACUACUCUCAAGAAGGUACUAGGUACUCCCUGGAAAGGCUUGGAAAGCACUAACCUGAAGGGAAGGCAAGCUGGAGAAACUACUCUCAAGAAGGAACUGUGGACUAGAUUCGAGGCCGUCUCAACCAAUGAGCUGCACUUUGAUAAGUCAGUCUUCCAGAAGACAGACGGAAGGCGUUUCCUGGACAUGCUUGAAGAGGCCUCAUGAUCCUGAAAUGUAGAGGAACAGGUUG